AUGGCGGUCCCCAGGCAGCAUCAAAUGGAUUCAAUUGAUGAGUCCAAGGUUGUUGUGCACCAUGCUUGUUGCUGCUGUUACGACGGCUGUAUACCGGAGCUGAGCCAGUGUGGUUGCGCAGCACAAAAGACGUUGCUAUGUUUGGAACUUGAUAUUUGCUGCAAAACACGCACACCGUGUUUGUGCUGCGGAUGCUGCGCUUUUAGAUGUGUGGACUUGACUACAUGCUGCAAAGUGCAGAGCCAGUUCUUUUGCUGUGUGGGCGGAUCGGCAUUUCCUCCAGACGGUUCAGUCCCGUGCAUGUUGAAUGUAUGCUUCCUGAACCUAUUCCCCAAGAUCGGCUGCUGUGUGAAGCUGGGUGAAAUGCACGAAGCGAGCAGCAGCGAUUCAGAGUGA